AUGGACCUACUUGGCUUAGACGAAGAGCGGCAAUGGGCCACCAGAAACACCCGAGAUGCCCUCAUUGGACUCGAUAUCGAAGACUUUGACAACAUGCCACUUGAGGAACGAUUUGUGUUCUACACAAGCUACAUGCUGGCAACUGGUUUCUUAUUGAUUACGACAGAUGAGGGGAGGUAUGGCGAAGCCAUUGGACUAGGACUGUGGGAAAGCACGGCGAUCUUUCUCUGUCGGAGCCAUAUGACUCGAAGGGAUUGGCUGACGCGCGAAGCCCGAGUCUUCUAUUUAUCAAAUAACUACUUCCGGAUCCAUGGAGAAAUGGUGCCAAAUUUUCUACAGAACUGCAAUGACCCGUUCUGGGAUCCCGAUGGGGGCAUGGAUCCAAAACAAUACGUUCAAAGUCUUAAUAUUCUUUUGAGCCCCCAGGAGGUACUUGAAAGCCAUGGUGCAGAGCCAGGCCUUCUCUCCCAAAUAGUAUCCCUGUUAGAACUGUGUGGAGAGCAACUACAAGUUGUAGUGCUAGAGCUACAAGGGCGGUCUCACGAAAUCCUCAACCGACUGGCUACCUGGCGGAGAGAGCUUGAAGCCUUGGACCGAAAGCUUGAGAAAGGCAUUCUUAUCAUCGAGCAUGACUCUCGGUCGAAAGCGAAAACAGCUCCGCAAAUUAUGAGUAUCCCAUGGGAGGAAGUCGAAGGAAAGCAACGAAGGGUGCACGAAGCGGUGCAGGAGUGGUGGAGCCAUCUUUGCAACAGUGAACAGCUGGAUUAUGAUCAUGAAAGCGAUGAAGAUGAAGAACAGGAUCAAGUGUCCUGCAGACAGAGCCUUGUGGAUGAUUCAUUUGAGACGGUUUCUUCUUAA